CGCAAUUCGCUGCUGCCCUCUUUCGAUUUCUGGGUUUAGGGCUUCUUGGGAGUCGCUCGAUUCCUUCACGUAUUUUGCUUACUUUCGUAGAUUUCAAGUAUUGUAUCUGAUUCCAUUUCUUGGCAAUUUUCUGCGUUUGAGGAGUGUCGGUUUGGGUAUAUACCAGCUUCCAAAGGGUUGCUGGUGUUUUGGAUUCUUGAUGUAUAAAUUUGGGCGCUUUCUCUUCUGGGUCGUGUUCUGGAUUUGUAAUUGUUCGUCUGUCGGAUGCCAUCUGGUUACUUUAGAGGGUUACAGGAACCAAAAGCUGCAGAUCCAUACGUGAAGAAGAGAACAAGGAUGCGGAAGUGGUUCUGUUGUACGUGUCAAAUGGAAGAUUCAAAUCCAUUAAACGAAGAGGAAAACCUGAAAAGUCCUAGGCACCAAUCUGAUGGAUAUCAGAAGAACCAAAAACCAUCUGCUACUGCAAAACCGGAAAUGCAGAAGGAAGCUCCUCCCAUUGAGGUUCCUGCCUUGUCUUUGGACGAGCUGAAGGAAAAGACUGAUAAUUUUGGAUCAAAAGCAUUAAUUGGUGAGGGAUCUUAUGGAAGAGUGUAUUAUGCAACCAUAAAUGAUGGGAAAGUUGUUGCUCUGAAGAAACUUGAUGUGUCACCAGAAGCUGAAACAGAUGUUGAGUUUUUGAGUCAGGUUUCCAUGGUUUCAAGACUGAAGCAUGAGAAUCUUAUUCAGCUACUUGGUUAUUGCGUUGAUGUGAAUCUUCGUGUUCUUGCAUAUGAGUUUGCAACGAUGGGAUCUCUGCAUGACAUACUACAUGGUAGGAAAGGAGUUCAAGGGGCACAGCCAGGGCCAACACUUGACUGGAUAACGAGGGUGAGAAUAGCCGUUGAGGCAGCUAGGGGUUUGGAGUACUUGCAUGAGAAGGCACAGUCUCCUGUAAUACAUAGAGAUAUAAGAUCUAGCAAUAUUCUUCUGUUUGAAGACUUUAAAGCGAAGAUUGCUGAUUUUAAUCUCUCAAAUCAAGCUCCUGACAAUGCUGCUCGUCUUCACUCUACUCGAGUCUUGGGAACCUUUGGUUAUCAUGCUCCAGAGUAUGCUAUGACCGGACAGUUGACUCAGAAGAGUGAUGUGUACAGCUUUGGGGUUGUACUUCUAGAACUUCUGACGGGGAGGAAACCUGUAGAUCAUACCAUGCCACGUGGCCAGCAAAGUCUCGUAACCUGGGCUACACCAAGACUGAGUGAAGAUAAAGUCAAACAAUGUGUUGAUCCAAAGCUAAAAGGAGAAUACCCUCCUAAAGCAGUCGCUAAGCUAGCGGCAGUGGCAGCACUGUGCGUGCAAUAUGAAGCUGAGUUCAGACCGAACAUGAGCAUAGUCGUCAAGGCUCUCCAGCCACUUCUGAAACCUCCAGCCCCAUCUCCAGAAUCUUGAGUGUGCAAGUCCUCAAGUCUCUGCUCUGCUCCAUUUCCUCAUCGUCAUUGCAAAGAGUCUGAUUUGAUUACAUAUCCUUCUGUUAAUUCAGAAUUUGUGUAGGGCUUGGGACUGACAAAACUAUAUCAUCGUGUAAUGCUCAUCUGGUGAAAUUCAACCAUAUUUGUGUUUAUAUACAUGCGAGUCUGAAAGUAGAGGUUAUGGGAUUCAUUUGUUGCCGUUUGGGUUUGGGAGGGGAAGACAGGUGAUUGCUGUGAUCCGUGGUGGGGUUGUUCUCUAUUUGUGGAUGGGAAGAGUUUUCUUUUUUUGCUAUUGCCCUUAAUUGUU